AUGGCUGCCAUCCGGAAGAAAUUGGUGAUUGUUGGUGAUGGAGCCUGUGGCAAGACUUGCUUGCUCAUCGUUUUUAGCAAGGACCAGUUCCCAGAGGUGUAUGUACCUACGGUGUUUGAGAACUAUGUGGCAGACAUUGAAGUGGACGGAAAGCAGGUUGAGCUGGCCUUAUGGGACACCGCGGGGCAGGAGGAUUAUGAUCGCUUGAGGCCCCUCUCCUACCCGGACACGGAUGUCAUCCUGAUGUGCUUCUCCAUCGACAGCCCUGAUAGUUUAGAAAACAUCCCAGAAAAAUGGACUCCAGAAGUCAAGCAUUUCUGUCCCAAUGUGCCCAUCAUCCUAGUUGGGAACAAGAAGGAUCUUCGAAAUGACGAGCACACAAGGCGGGAGCUGGCCAAGAUGAAGCAGGAGCCGGUAAAGCCGGAGGAAGGCAGAGACAUGGCAAACAGGAUCGGCGCCUUUGGCUACAUGGAGUGCUCAGCGAAGACCAAAGACGGCGUGCGGGAGGUGUUCGAGAUGGCCACGAGAGCCGCCCUGCAGGCCCGGCGCGGCAAGAAGAAGUCUGGGUGCCUUGUCUUGUGA